AUGGUUGACCUAUCUCGUGAGCCAGGUGGUGGUACUGACCAUCAUCAAAUGGGAUUGGCCCCUCCGAUGACAUUAAAGAAUCAUGAUACAGCAAAUAUAAAUUCAAGUACUUUAUCAAAUCAUAGUCUAGAUGACGAUUUUGAUGAAACAGGAAGUAACUUAACUACUGAUAAUGAUGAAACUAAAGUUGAAGAUUCCAAUAUUGAAGCAAAUAAUAAUAAUAAUAAUAAUAAUAAUAAUAAUGACACCAGUGGAAAUGUAUCAUCUCCAAAUACUACAAAUGGUCAUAGAAUCUUAUCAUCUUCAUCAUCAUCGGCAAAUGCUAAUGUAGUUAUUCCUUUAUUAUCUGAACACAAUACAAUACCUCCAAAUCUUAAUAGUUUAACUUCCAACAAUAGUCCAUCUACUCCAAACUCAUUAAAAGGUUCUCGUUCAGAAGUAUCAGAUUUAACAAAUGAUACUUCCACUACUUCCAUAGAUGAUGUUGAUGAUCCAAAUAAUGAACAUGAAACUUUAUUAUUUCCUCAAUCUCAAUCCAGUAAAACCAUUCAACAACUCACACUAGAUUCACGAGAUCCACUAGAUACUCAGGAUCAAGAUCUUCAAUUGCCGUUGACUUCAACUCCUUUAAACAAUGUUAAUAAUACUGUAAAUUCUACUGAUUCAACAAUUAGUAAUUUCCCAAUAUCAACUCAUCCCACAAUAACAAAUCAUAUUAUUCCAACAUUACCACCAUCUCAAGAGAGUGAUGAUUUACCAGGAGAAUUAGUAACUACAACUAGAGAUUCAAUUCUGAGAGCAUCUAUUAGUGCACGUCCGCCGAAUUCAAGAAGUACUACUUUCUUAGGCAGAUCACACCUUUUACAAAAUGCUCAAGAACAAACUAAAUCUGAAAUUAUAAAGACGAAGAAAUUAUUAACAGGGAAUAGACAUCCAUAUUAUGGAACCCAAAUAGAUAAAAGUCAUGUUAAUUAUGUAUUGGCAUAUUGUAUGUCUACAAGUAUAAGACAUGAUACAUCAGCCAAUUCUGGUAUAAUGAGAAAGUUGGAAGAUAAAGAUUUUACAAUCAAUAAAAAAUAUACUUUUCAAAUUGGUGGUACUGAAUUAACUCCAGCAGCCGAAUAUGAUUUUAAGUUUAAGGACUAUUGUCCUGAUGUAUUUAGAAGUUUAAGAUCAACGUUUGGUAUUGAUCCUGGUGAAUAUUUAAGUACAUUUGGUGAAUCAUUUUUAUUUUCUGAUUUGGUAACCCCUCAUAAAGCAGGUAAAUCAGGAGCUAUAUUCUUUUAUUCAUCAGAUUAUAGAUAUUUAAUUAAAACCAUUCAUCAUUCAGAGCAUCGUCAACUUCGAAGAAUUUUAAAGCAUUAUUAUCAAUAUGUUAAAGAAAAUCCCAAUACUUUAAUUAGUCAAUUUUAUGGUUUACAUAGAAUUAAAAUGCCAUUUAGUGGUGGAUUUGCUAAGCAUCAUUUUGUUGUUAUGAAUAAUUUAUUUCCUCCAUUCAGAGAUAUUCAUUUAAAGUAUGAUAUUAAGGGUUCAACAUUGGGUAGAAUUACCAGAAUUGAUCCUAGAUUAACUGAUUUAUCAAAAUAUACUUUAAAAGAUUUAAAUUUUUUAGAACAACAUCAAUUAAUAAAGUUUGGACCAGAAAAGAGAAAUAUAUUUCUUAAACAAUUACAAUCUGAUGUUCAAUUCUUGAAAGAUGCAAAUGCCAUGGAUUAUUCAUUAUUAGUUGGUAUUCAUGAUACAAAGAAAGGAAAUAGUAUUGAAACAAAGCAAAAAUUAUCAAUUUUUGCACCAGAAUUCAAUCAAGUUCAAUAUGAUAAGCGUAAAUCUAUUAUUUUAUCUACUAUGCCGAGAUAUGUUGAUCGUGAACAUGAUCUACCGACAGAUGUCUUUAAAGGACGAUCAACGUUUGUAUUUUAUGGUCAUGAUGGUGGUAUACGAUCUACAAAUGAAGAUAAUGAACCUACCAGUGAGAUUUAUUAUCUAGGUAUAAUUGAUUGUUUGACUAAUUAUUCUCUACGAAAGCAUUUGGAAACAAUAUGGAGAUCUAUGAGUCAUUCAAGAAGUACCAUUUCAGCGAUACCUGCGGAGGAAUACGGUAAUAGAUUUAUAAAGUUUAUUAAGAAGGGUACUGGGAACUUGAAGAAGAAACAAAGUUAA